CACUCGUCUGGAUAUGUGGCCUCUGAGAGUUACCGUUUUCUUGCUCUGCUUUACAGGUUGCUGGGGUCAGAGCUGUAAUCGCACGAAGGCUUAUUUUGAGUCCAGGAAUUUCUUCAGCGUUCUCCAUUGGGAUCCUGUUGAUGUUCCGGGUCAAACGCUUCUCUACAGCGUCCAGUACAACCAUUAUGGGAAACCGUAUGAACCAGUGACGUGGUGUGAGAACAUCUCCACUCCUGUUUGUGACAUGACGGAUGUGAUGACCCAUGUGAUGAGCGAUGUGACCUCUAAAUAUCAUGUCAAGGUCAGUGCCGGUGGACGGUGCUUGGGAGAGGUGAUGUUCACUCCGUUUUGGGAAACCACAUUCGCAGCUCCGCAGCUGUCAGUAACGUCAAACCAAACCCAUCUGAAUGUGACGGUUUCGCCGCCGAUGGCCGCUUGGAACUGCUCUAUUGAGAAUAUCGGCUUUUGGGGAAAAGGUUUCCAGAGAUCCUCGAUUAAGUACACAGUUCGUCUGACACAUCCCGAGUCACUGGCUGGAAAGGUAUUUGAGGACACGUCUCGCUCAGUGUUUCUUUGGCUUGUGGAGACAGACGUGCAGUACUGUGGUGAUGUGUUAUAUACACUCACACAUCCCGGUCGGUCCAGUCCCAGUGAAAAUGCCUCCUUUUGUGUGACUGUCUCAGCACCUAAAUCCUGGCUUCAUAUAUUAAUAUGGCCUUGUCUGCUGGCUCUGCUGCUGCUGAUCGUUCUACCCAUCAUGCUUUGCCAGCUGUCAGUAAAGAGAAAGAGCUCCUUACCGAAACCGCUGAUCCUGCCAAAGAACAGCAGUCCUGCGUUUUGUUCAUAUCCCAGAGACGACAUCUCUAAAGUGGAAGUGUGGUCCGGAUUUGUUGCGACGGUUGAUCCACAGGCUGUUUUUCCUACGCCUAAGUCAGAGAUCGUGGUUAAUGAUGCUUACGCAUCCCAGGAGCCCUGUGACCAGGAGUGGACACACGAUCAACCGGACAUCCCGGUCCAGGACAGCCCAGAGUCUUCUGUGCACUACAGCAUGAUUGUGCCUGUCCAGAUCUCCAUCGAACCACCAUCUGAUGGCACAACAGAUGAAACCCACUCGGAUUCAUUUGGUCCAGAGUCCAUUUCGAGCUUUUCAAUAAGACAUUCAGACACCGAAAACAACAGCGGGCCACUGGUGGUACCGGUUAGACCCACUAAAAACGGUGCGCUGCAGUUUCACGACUGUUUAUUCCAGUGUGACACUGGUCAAAAUUCUCCAGAACCUUCCCAGGACUCAGAAGGUUUAUCUGGAGAACAAACUCCUUUACUAUCUGACCUAGUUCAAAAGGACUCCAGGUGUAGCUCAUCCUACCUGCCCUUACAUGUUUCUGAUGUUGUGACGUCAAACUACAGGCAAAACUGGCUGCCAGGGAUUCCUCUGGAGGGACAACAAGACCAGAGGACUUAUGUUAUGAGGACAGACCACCUCCAGGACUCAACUGAACCCGAUGAGGACUUCAUAGAUGAAGAGGAACCUAGAGUUGGUGUGAUCUUUCUGGACAGGUGGAUGGUGGAGACACAGGGAUUGACUUUGUCUUGCAACUAAACCGGCGGAGCUUCUUGCUCAUCUCAGUGCUCAUCUUAGUACGUCCAUGCAAGAUAUAAAAAAAUGUUAAACGAUCAUCUGUCGGAUUUUGCCAGCUCAUUGCAUCAGGUAGUUGUGUAGGAAGUGGCGCAAGUUUGAGAGUUCGUACAAACGUUAUGAGUUCACUAGCUUCACUUAAAGGUCUUUCCGUAUGAAAUCAACCAAACUUCAAAAACCUUCCCAGCUAAAAUGCUUGAUUUUGUUACUUUUUUCUGAAAGACAAACAUAAAAAGUGAUGAAAGCCAACAUAUUACGUAAAAUAUAGAUUAAUAUUUACUGAGUAAUCCACUAUUUUGUCAAAAUGUGGGGUCAAAAUGACCC